AUGUCAGAACCUGUUAAGUUUGAGAAGAAUACCGUUGUUGUGGUGUUUGGUGCUUCUGGUGAUUUGGCCAAGAAGAAGACUUUCCCAGCUUUGUUUGGUUUGUUCAGAGAAGGAUACCUGCACGAAUCCACCAAGAUUAUCGGUUAUGCGCGUUCCAGUCUUACCGUUGAGGAAUUGACUGAGCGUAUCAAGCCUCACUUGAAGACUCCAAGGGGUAAGGAGGACGAGGCCAAGAUUCCACAGUUCUUCAAGCUGCUGACCUAUGUCUCCGGUCCUUACGACCAGGACGACGGUUUCAUCCGCUUGCGUGAGCAGAUUGAGACCUUCGAAGGUGCCAAGUGCUCCACCGUGCCACACAGACUGUUCUACUUCGCUUUGCCACCAAGCGUGUUCUUGCCAGUCGCCACCAACAUUAAGCGUCUGGUGUACGCCGAAAACGGUGUCACUAGACUGAUCGUGGAGAAGCCAUUUGGUAGAGAUCUAGAGACCGCUAGAAAGCUACAAGCCGACUUGAGUCCAUUGUUCAAAGAAGAAGAAAUCUACAGAAUUGACCAUUACUUGGGUAAGGAAUUGGUCAAGAACUUGCUAGUCAUGAGAUUCGGUAACCAGUUCUUGAACAGUGCUUGGAACAGAGACAACAUCCAAUCCAUUCAGAUCUCCUUCAAAGAACCUUUCGGUACCGAGGGCCGUGGUGGUUACUUCGAUAACAUCGGUAUCAUAAGAGACGUCAUGCAAAACCACUUGUUGCAAGUGUUGACUUUGUUGACCAUGGAGAGACCUGUCUCCUUCGACCCAGAAGCCAUCCGUGACGAGAAGGUUAAGGUCCUAAAAGCUAUGGCUCCAUUCGACCCUAAGGACAUCUUGAUCGGUCAAUACGGUAAGUCCGAAGAUGGCUCUAAGCCAGCUUACUUGGAUGACGAAACCGUUAAGCCAGGCUCCAAGUGUGUCACCUUCGCCGCCAUCGCCUUCCAAAUCGAAAACGAACGUUGGGAAGGUGUUCCAAUCGUUAUGAGAGCUGGUAAAGCUCUUAACGAGGGUAAAGUAGAAAUCAGACUGCAAUACAAGGCUGUCGCUUCCGGUGUAUUCAAGAACAUCCCACACAACGAAUUGGUUAUCAGAAUUCAACCAAAUGAAGCCGUUUACAUGAAAUUCAACGCCAAGACACCAGGUCUGUCAAACGCUACUCAAGUCACUGACCUAGACUUGACUUACUCUUCCAGAUACAAGGACUUCUGGAUCCCAGAAGCUUACGAAGCUUUGAUCAGAGAUGCUCUAUUGGGUGACCACUCUAAUUUCGUUAGAGAUGAUGAGCUUGAUGUCAGUUGGAGUUUAUUCACACCUCUAUUGAACUACCUAGAAGGACCAGAUGCUCCUCAACCAGAAAUAUAUCCAUACGGUUCAAGAGGUCCAAGCGGUCUAAGGGACUACUUGAAGAAGCACAAUUACAUGAUCGAGGAAAAGCACCCAUACACUUGGCCAGUCACCACUCCAGAUGAGGAUUAA